AUGCCGCCGCCGUCGCCGCGGCGAGACUUCCCGGCGUUCCCCUUCGCGCCGUACCAGAUCCAGUCGGAGUUCAUGUCCUUCCUCUACGCCACCCUCUCCUCCGGACCCCGCGCCCUCGCCCUCCUCGAGAGCCCCACCGGCACCGGAAAGACCCUCAGCAUCAUCUGCAGCGCGCUCCAGUGGCUCCUGGACCACCGCGACGCCGUCGCGGGGGGCCACCCCGACCGGGCCGAUGGCUCCACUGCCGCGGCCAGCGGCGGCGAAGAUGAAGAGCCUGACUGGAUGCGGGAUUUCACCCCGCUUCUGCCCAAGAAGGAGAGCACGAAGAAGACGAAGCCUCACCCCGCGAGGAGGCAGGAGCCCAGGAAGGCGGCUGGUGCGGAGAAGCCCGGGGAGGACGACGGCGAGGACGAGUUCUUGCUGGACGAGUACGAGAGUGAUGACGAGGAUGGCACAAGGCGGCAGGCUGGGAAGCGUGCGCACUGCGGUGGAGGUAGUAGUAGUGAGAGCGAGGAUGAUGGGGAUGAAGAGGAGGAGGAGGAGGUGACUCCCAAGGUGUUUUUCACUAGCCGCACGCAUUCGCAGCUCUCGCAGUUUAUCGGGGAGCUCAAGAAGACGGAGUUCUCAGGGAAGUUACGGACAGUGUGCUUGGGGUCCAGAAAGAACCUGUGCAUUAACAAGGACGUCCAGAAGCUGGGGAGUGUAAACCGGAUCAACGAGAGGUGCUUGGAACUGCUGACGAACAAGAGGAGCAGCAAAAUUAAGGCAUGCGCCAAUCAAGUCGAGGGAGAUAAGAGAAAGGGGUCCCGAGCAAAGACCUCUUGUGGGUGUCCAAUGUUAGCAAAGAGAAGUUUGCAAAAACAAUUCAGGAGCGAAGUGUCAGACCAUGGUGCAUUGGACAUUGAGGAUUUGGCCCAAAUUGGAAAGAAGAUUGGAACGUGUCCGUACUACGGUGCACGUGACAUGGUCCGCUCAGCUGACCUUGUAGUACUUCCUUACCAGUCUUUGUUGCUCAAGUCUGCUAGAGAGUCACUUGGCAUUAAUCUGAAGAAUAGUGUUGUCAUCAUAGAUGAAGCUCACAACUUAGCUGACUCCCUUACUAGCAUGUACAACUCAAAGAUCACAUCUUCUCAGUUAAGGGCAGUUCUUUCCCACCUGGAGGCAUAUCUCGAUAGAUUUCAGAAUGUCCUGGGAGCUGGAAAUCGACGUUAUAUCCAAACCUUGACAGUUCUAACACGGUCAUUCCUACGAGUUUUGACAAGGAAUGAAGAUUGUUCCUCCACUGUGACCUCUAUGACUAUAAACAAGUUUUUAUUCUCCCUUGAUAUCGAUAACAUAAACAUAGUAAAACUUUGUCAGUAUCUGAAGGAAAGCAAUAUAAUCCACAAGGUUAGUGGGUACGCCAACAAAUUAUUUAUCACCCAAGAUGGUGUGAACGAUUUGAAUCAUCUGCAGCAGCAUGAUGAAGGAAGCAGUAUAUCAAGAUUUCAGGCACUAGCCAACUUCUUACGCUCCCUAUUAAACUGCAAUGAUGAUGGGAGAAUCAUAGUUGCUCGGCAGAAGCCCGGUGGACAACCUGAAGAUGCAUAUAUUAAAUUUGUGAUGCUUUGUGCAGAGAAAACAUUUUCAGAGGUCACAGAGGAUGCUCAUGCUGUUAUUAUGGCUGGUGGAACCCUCCAGCCUAUUGAAGAAACAAGGUUGCGCUUGUUUCCGAGCUUAUUGCCGAGUGAUAUAAAAUUCUUCUCAUGCAACCAUAUUGUUCCCGCCGAGAGUAUUCUUCCUAUAGCUGUUACACGUGGACCCUCAGGCAUGACAUUUGAUUUCAGCUAUGGUUCAAGGAGCUCUCCCACCAUGAUUGAAGAGCUUGGGCGUUUUCUUUGCAAUAUAGUGGCAAUAGUGCCAGAAGGAAUAGUAAUGUUUUUUGCAUCCUAUGAGUAUAUAAAGCAAGUUUAUGAUGCAUGGACGGCUUCAGGCACAAUUUCCAAGAUUUCUAAGAAGAAAUAUGUUUUCAGAGAGCCAAGAAACAGUGUUGAUGUUGAGGUGAUACUCAACAAAUACAAGGGGGCAAUUCAGUCGUGCAGCAAAAAUUCAGGAGAUGCUGUCAAUGGUGCACUUCUAUUGGCUGUUGUUGGUGGGAAAAUCUCUGAAGGUAUAAACUUCAGUGAUGGUAUGGGUCGUUGUGUUCUGAUGGUUGGAUUGCCUUAUCCAAGCCCAGAUGAUAUGGAACUGAUGGAGACAAUAAAGCACAUAGGAAAUUAUACUUCCAGAGAUGACAAGUCGUUCAUUAGUAAUGAUGAGUGUAAACUUGAGCCUGGUUUUGGUAUACUGAGGAAGUGCAACAGAAGUGGUCAGGAGUACUAUGAGAAUUUAUGCAUGAAAGCUGUUAAUCAAUCUAUUGGUAGAGCAAUCAGGCAUGUAAAUGACUAUGCUGCAAUGCUGUUGGUUGACUCACGUUACUCGCACACCUCAUCAAGCAGGAGUUUCUCUUGCCCUGCAGAAAAGCUACCCCAGUGGAUAAAGACGCGACUUACUUGCGGUCAAAACUAUGGGGAGGUUCAUAGAUUGUUGCUUCAGUUCUUCAAAUUGAACAAACAAAUACGUUAAAAUGCUAUAGAUGUUGCUAUAUUUA